UUCUGUCACACACAUUGUCAGUCUCACAGUUUCACUGAAGCUGUUAACUUCAGGACCUCAUUUUCUCCACGGAUACUUCCUCCUGCUUAUUUUUUAUCAAAGCGUUUCUUUAGCUUUGGAUCCUACAAACUUUGCUACACAUUUCUGCUGAGCUGAAGCACCUGUGGAUUUAAAUUCCCAUAAUUGUUAGACAUCCUAGUUGAAAUAUGUCUUUAGAUUUAGACAGAUACAACUCGGACAAAUCUCGUCGGUCUACCAGUCGUAACCAGUCCAGGUCUAGUCUGGCCAAGUCCGGGGAAGUGCUGUGUGACUUCUGCACAACUAGAAAGCAGAAGGCUGAGAAGUCCUGCCUGGUGUGUCUAGCAUCUUACUGCGAGACCCACGUCCAGACUCACUAUGACUACCCUGCCCUGAUGAAGCACAAGCUGGUCAAAGCUACGGGUCAGAUGAGAGAGAAGAUUUGUGCACAGCAUGACAAGUUGCUGGAGGCUUUUUGUCGCACUGAUGAGACAUCAGUGUGUGUUUUGUGCAUGAUGGAUGAACACAAACAUCACGACAUCGUCCCGGCUGGAACUGAGAGGACUGAGAAACAAAAACAACUUGGUACCACGCUGCACAAAUCUCAGACUAGGAUUGACCAGAGAGUUAAAAAGUGGCAGGAUCUCCGUCAAGCUGUUGAAUCAGUUAAACACUCGGCUCAAACUGCCCUAGAGGAGAACGAGAGGAUCUUCAGUGAGCUUCUGCUUUCCAUUGAGAGGAAGUACAAUGAAGUCAAGGAGAUGAUCCGUUCCCACGAAAAGACCACUGUGUCACGGGCCGAGUUACUGCUGGACCGCUUGGAGGAAGAGAUCACUCUGCUGAGGAAGAAACACACUGACCUAGAUAAGCUCUCACACACCGAUGAUCACAUACACUUUCUGCAGAGCUGGCAGUCUCUGUCAGGCCCCUCCGGAUAUGAAGACCUCAACAACAUCUGUGCGGCUCCCAAUUACUCCUUUGAUGCCACCAAGAGAGCCAUCGCUGCACUGAAAUUACAAGUAGAAGAAGUCAGCAAGACCGAAAUGAGAAAAAUCUCAGGAGCAGUGAAUGAUGUUUACAUCACGCAAGAGGUUGAAACAAAGACAGAAAGCGAAUCAAUUUCGAGAGAACAACCAAGGAUGAGAGAAGAACCCAGGACAAGAGAAGAGCCGAGGACAAGAGAAGACUUCCUGAAAUACUCCUGCCAGCUGAGUUUCGAGGUCAACAGUGUCCAUCGCAGCCUUCAUCUCUCCGAAGGAAACCGAACAGCAACGAUGAAGAGUGAGCCCAAGAAUUACCCUGACCACCCAGACCGAUUUGAACAAUGGCAACAGGUGUUGUGCAGAGAGAGCCUGACUGGUCGCUGUUACUGGGAGGUGGACUGGAGGGGUACAGAGGUGGAUAUGGCUGUUACAUACAGGGGGAUCCGCCGUAAAGGAAACAGCAAUGAGUGCAGCCUGGGCUGGAACGACAAAUCCUGGAGUCUGUACUGCAGUGGCUCCAAAUUCUCCUUUGUGCACAAUAACAACAGCAAGGAUAUUGCAGCUCCGAUGGCAUCCCGAAUCGGCAUCUACCUGGAUUAUUCUGCAGGAACACUGGCAUUUUACAAUGUUUCUGAUGGCAUGCAGCUUAUGCACAAAAUCCAGGCGACAUUCACACAGCCCCUCUACCCUGCAUUCAGUGUGUGGGGCUUCGGUAGUAGUAUCAGACUGUAGGAGAGUUGUCAAAGUGCUAGCAAUCUGCGUAUGUACAUAACAUUCCAUACAUCCUUGUAAAAACAAACUUCAGAUGUAUUUUUUUGUUCACCUUUUACUUUAAGUUAUUUUUCCUCAUUUAUGAGCUAAAAUAUAACUUUAAGUUUUAAAUGAUUAAAUGAUUCUGUUUUUGCUUUUUUUAAUUAUUCAAUUAAUCUGUUUUUUAUUUUUAAUGAAUCCUACCCUCUAUGUAUUUUAUUUUGACCACUUUUGCUUUGGGGCAAUAUAGUCUAAUAAAUAUAAAACAUAUGCAUUGAUUGAUUACUAUGUUAUUUCACAGUGUUCAACAACUUUUUCUCAAUUAUGUUAUAGUAUGUUAUACAUUUAUAUGAAUGGUAUGCUCUGUUUUAAACCAAAUUAAAUCAAAGUUUCUAAAACCACCGUGUUUUUAAGAAAUUAAUUUAUCUCUGCAUUUUAGAUAUGGAAUAUGCCAGUGUAUUCGCCAUCUUUACUCUAAUUUUACUAAAAUAUGUCCUUUACUUGGUGGUGAAAACUCCGGAAACAAAGUAUCUCUUAUGCAAGUUCUCUAUGAUUUUGUGUUGAUGUGACAAACGUAAAAACAAUUUGAUAAUCAACAGAAAUCAAAUAAAAGUGAUGGUAUUUUUGAUCAAUAA